AUGGCUGAUUACGACAUGCAUAAUACACAAUUAGCGGGAGGUAAUAAUGCUGGCGUGCCUUUUGGUGGUGGUAAUAAUAAUGGCAAUGAGUAUGUAGUUUUUGAUAGAAGUACAGAAGAGUUUUCAAAAGGUGCAUUGGAUAGAUCAACUGCAGCAAAACUUAAAUUGGAACAUUUUUAUAAGGUGACUUUAGAUCAAGCACGAGAACAAGAAUGUUCAGAUGAACGAAAGAAUAGACAACUUUCAUCGCUCGGAACCAAAGAGUCGCAAUUUUUGAGACUUAGAAGAACUAGAAUAGGUUUGGAAGAUUUUCUUACUAUUAAAGUUAUUGGUAAAGGUGCUUUUGGUGAGGUCCGACUAGUUCAAAAGGCAGAUACUGGUAAAAUAUAUGCAAUGAAAACAUUGAGAAAAACUGAUAUGUUUAAAAAAGAUCAGUUGGCUCAUGUAAGAGCUGAACGUGAUAUAUUAGCGGAAGCCGAUUCACUAUGGGUUGUGCAAUUGUAUUUUUCAUUUCAAGAUACAUCAUAUCUUUACUUAAUUAUGGAAUUCUUACCAGGUGGUGAUUUAAUGACAAUGUUAAUGAAAUAUGAUACAUUCACAGAACACGUAACAAGAUUUUAUAUAGCAGAGUGUGUGUUAGCGAUUGAUGCAAUUCAUAAACUGGAUAUUAAACCGGAUAAUAUUUUAAUUGAUAAAGAUGGUCAUAUUAAAUUAUCUGAUUUUGGACUUUCAACAGGAUUCCAUAGAACUCAUGAUUCUGCAUAUUAUCAAAGACUUCUGGAAGGUUCUCAUAAUACAAUAGGCCAUAGAUCGUUAAAUAGUGAACCUAACAUCAAUUUAACAUUAUCAAAUAAGGAUAGAAUCGCCACAUGGAAAAGGAAUAGGAGGGCAUUGGCUUAUUCUACAGUUGGCACACCUGAUUACAUUGCACCUGAAAUUUUUUUACAGCAAGGAUAUGGAAAAGAGUGUGAUUGGUGGUCAUUAGGUGCAAUUAUGUUUGAAUGUCUUGUUGGUUAUCCACCCUUUGCGAGUGAACAUCCACAUGAAACAUAUAGGAAAAUUAUUAAUUGGCGUGAUCAAUUAUAUUUUCCUGAUGAUGUUCAUCUAAGUCAUGAAGCUGAAGAUUUAAUUAGAAGGCUUAUGUGUGCACCAGAGCAACGUUUAGGACGUCAUGGCGCAGAUGAAAUCAAAUCACAUUCAUUUUUUGAUGGAGUUGAUUGGGAAACAAUUCGUGGUAUCGAGGCACCAUUUGUGCCUGCUUUAAAAUCGAUUACGGAUACUAGUUAUUUCCCUAUAGAUGAACUGGAUAAAAUUCCUGAUCAACCACAAAUGCCUGAACGUCCAACAACAAAUACAACAUCUGGCGAAUACAAUCAAAGGGAUUUGGCUUUUGUUGGAUACACAUUCAAAAGAUUCGAUGAUUUAACAAGAAGAAAUGCUUUAUAG